GGCGCGUCAUCGUGCGGAGUGUGCAACCCCCGGAGUGUGUGCAGUUUCGCGCCCUCAGGUCGGGGCGGCUAAGAGCGAGAGGGACGCGCGCUCGAGCGCGAUCGAGCGAGGGGGUUGAAGGUGGACAGGUGGGCAGAUGAAGAGGGGAGGGAGGUGGAAGAAAAGAGGUGAGAAGAGCUCCGAGGGGUGACCAACGAAAGAGCAAGGCUGGCUGGCCCGUGCACCGAGUGCGUGCACACCAUCGGCGAGAGAAAAGACUCCGCGCGCGGAGAUGAGCGUACAAGUGGCUGUCGUCCUUUGUACUGCGUCCUCCCGCCGCGCCGAUGAGGCCGCGUUCCGUUAAGAGGAUACCGUGGGAAGAGCAGGAGAACAUCAUCGCCACCGCCACCGCCACCGCCACCACCGUCGCCGUCGUCACCGUCACCGUCGACAGGACGAAGGACACGCUGUCACCGAGGACCGCUCUCCCUCGCUUCUGGCGGCAGUGACCAUGGCGUCCAGCUUGCCGUGUAAACAGUGCUCCAGUGAAGAAUACGACCUGUUUCCCAGGCUGGUGAUGCUGCCGUAUCCCUGCUGACAAGCGAACGGAACAUCCGGCGUCAACGACUGUGCGGCGAAGAAACUAGAAACUUUUCGUUAAAACAAAUCACGGAUGACUCGCGAUAAUUUAUUGUGACUUUAUACUUGUGGUGAUCUACGUGAUCGAUCUACGUGAUUCUUGUCUUGCGUAGCAAGCUUGCUUAAAAAAAAAAUAAUAAUAAUAAUCGGUCGCGAUGGUGUCGCGCGGAAUAAUCGUCGUUCGCGUCGCGGAUUUCGACGAGGACAAAGAGAGCUCAGCGCCUUCAUGUUCGCUGCUGUCGUCGCAUACUCACAGCAGACUGAGGUGUAUCAUCUUGCACUCCAAAAGACAUAUCGCUUAUCCACCAUAAGGGGUCAAAGGUGAUGGCACGUGUCACGCGCCCUCGACAAAAAAUGGCGAACACGACUGAUUCACCCGCGACGGCCGGCGGCAGCCUCCUUUCGUCCUCGACGACGCCGUUUCCCACCUCGUCGACAUCGACGGCGAGUUACUCGAACGAGAGCUACACCUUUAAUUAUAGCGGUCUGCCGAAUCUCGGCGGCUACUCGCUGGACGAUUUCAACUACACGGAACUGUGGUUGGACGUCUGGAACGGCACUGAGGUCAGCAACGUCACCGAAAGACUGAACGCGACGGUGUUGUCACCGGGUGGCUAUUGCAAUGAAUGGGAGGCUAAUCAGAGCAAGCUUUUCCAGGCAGCAAAUCUAUUUUUUGCGGCUGCGUUUCUGGUGCCGCGUUCGUUAAAGGCUUCCAUCUUCGCUCUUCGCUCGCUUCUCACGUUGGGUUUCAUGCUGGCGGCUCUCUGGGCCGGGAGCACCAUAUGCGCUCUGGACGCCAUGUUAUGGUGCUUGGCCCUCGGUUUGGUAAACGGCAUUCACUCGUUGAUACUCGCCUGUCAAUUUCUGCCCCCGGCUCUCAACCCCGAGCUAGCCGAACUCUAUUUGAAGGUCUUCGCGCCCUACAAGGUCAACAAGCAGCAUUUCCAAGAGCUGGCGAAGGAGGCGAGGAUACUCAAGUUGGAUUCCGAUCAGACGUACGCGACGGAAGGGGUCACGCCGGCGGAUACGAAGCUGUCUGUUCUUUUGCGUGGGAAAUUAAGGGUAACUUGCGACGGGACACACUUGCACUACAUCAGAGCCUACCAAUUCGUCGAUUCGCUCGAAUGGGAGGCCACGCAUGAACACGAUGCCGACGUCUUCCAGGUGACGAUACGAGCCGAGGAGCCCAGUACGUAUAUUUGUUGGACGAGAAUGAAGUUACUCAGGGUGCUUCGGCACAGGCCGGUGCUCAAGGUCGUUCUCUACACCCUCAUCGGUAAGGACAUUACGUCCAAGUUGUACGCCCUUAACGAGCACGUCGCUGGUGUCGCGACCGCCAGUGAGAACGCCACAUCGAAUCCUUACAGGGGGAUCGCGAGAAGCGUCAGCGUCGACGCCGUUAAUACGGAAACCGCUGGAAGGGUUCGAUCGACAACGUGGAAGGCGCAUAAGCAAUACAGCAAUUCGCGUAGUGACAAGAAUUCCCCGGCCCGGCAUUCGCACCAGUACUGGACGCCGGUAGUGGCGAACCACUUUCCGCCGACCUCGCCGUUCAUUCAAAGCCAAAACCUCGGCUACUCGUUACUGCCGCAGGGUGUCCAGUUUUCGCCGCCUCCGCGAGCACCCGUGCCGACUCACGCUCCCGUGGUGCGACAACGAAGCGGGGGUGCUGGCGGCGAUUACACCCUGCUACCUCAAACACCGAAGCUCGAGAGGAAACGAUCGAAAAAAGGAACUCGAGAAGUGACCUUCGAGACACCGGUAUGACGCUCGCCCGACGGGGAAGGGCCUGCCAGCGUGCCUCUACUUUCACUGUCGCCGCAACGCUCCGCCUAGCCCCGUCGUGGUCUCGUUGUCAUCCUGCGGCACGCCGCAAAACUCACCCUUUGAACUUCCGGUCGGCGCGAUACCGAUGAAUGGCCUACUUCCUCGGCGGGAAGAGAGAACGCCACGGUACAUGUGGUAUCGCGCGGAUUACGCUUCGGUAUGAGAAUUUAAUAGUACCGCGGAAUCGCAAGGACGCGGAUGGACGAAGUCGCUGGGCGCAGUUUUGACGUGACCGAUUGAUUUUCAUAUCCUGCAAGUGCCACGCUUUAGACACGCACGCACGUGUGAAAUCGAAACCGCGAUGGCGGCCGUAAAAGAAAAAAAAAGUAUAUAUAUAUUCCGAUGUCCUUCGACCGCAUUUGGGGCAUCCGUCAGAGUUUCGAGGUGGACCGAAAUUCGACCGAGUGCUGGAGAGGGACGUGAAUCGUUCACGAAUUGACAUGAGAAGUAAGAACAAGCGAUAAAGAAGAGAGAGAGCGAGAGAGAGAGAGAAGUCGUAAACGAAAGAUUAAAUAUAGAUAUAUUGUAUUAAUGAGCAUCGCCUCUGUGUACACUUUUACAUCGACUGUGAUUACAACGGAUAUAAUUAUUAAGUCUUUCAGAGAAACGCUGAUUAUAUACACAUACAGAAAAACAUGUGCGUAAAUAGCUGCCGCGAUAAUCACCCACGCAUAUCUCGUGUUUGCGCGAGUUAGAGUGUCCUUCGCGCAUAACGAUUUUCGGUUUCGAUAUCUUUUGCAUUUCAAAAAUUCCUAAUUCUACAGAUUUUCCUGCUGCAUUCUUAUCUGCAAUUCGGAGCAACUGCCUUUUUAUUCGUUUAUACGCAAAUAUUGAUGUCGCAAAUCGCUUAAUCUAUGGAUCGUUACGCAAUUGCAUAAAAAAUAACAUUUGGAAAAUAUAUAAAAAUAACAUUUAAUUACUACUAUGUAUCAUUAGUGAAGGACAUCCGAACAGCGUAAACAGAUCGGGAUCGUUGUAUAAAAUUAGUGCAUGAAAUGCGCAUUCAUGAUAAAUGUGAUAUGUCGAAAAAACACGCAGCAAUUUUUAUCCAACACCGGCGUACGAAAAAUUGCAUUUGCACAUUCCUUAAUCAAAUGUAAAAUGCAUUAAAUAAAUAAACAUAAAAAAAAUUAAAAGCGAAAUGAAAAGCAAGCCGAAUAACUCGGGUGUAAUAAAACAAAUAAGUGCUUUGUUAAAAAAAGAAAACCUGCAAUAAAGUGCUUCGAUAAACGUAGUUGAUGGCGAGAUACAAAUUAUAAAAAGCAAAGUUUAAUUAUUCGCGCAGAUUAAACGGAAAAAAAGCUAAUUAUGUGUCGUGUGACACGUAGAAGAAAAAAAAACAUGUGUGUUUGUAUGUUUCUAUGUUUAUAUAAUCACCGCGUGUGAGAGUGAAGCCGUAGAAGAUCAAUAAAGACGCACAAACGAUUAAACAAAAAAAAAGAAAAAUGUGAAAGGGAUAAAAUAAAUUAAAACGGCUGUGUAGAGUCGAGUGUAAAUGUUAAACACAAAAGUGGCUGUAGAGUAUUGUAAUGUUGCGAGGGAUUGUAUGAAGUUCUAAGAGGCGCACGUCGGAAAGGAUCGUCGUUGCUUAAAAUUAUUUUCGUCGAAUCGAACGCAAGACUGUUUAUUAGACUGAUAUUCUAUCGUUAUUUAGUUACUUUUCGUAAAAACUGGUUUUAUUGUGUAUACAUAUAUAUAUAUACAUAGAAGAUAUAGAAACUUUUAUUUGUAGCAAUCAAAAUUUGAAAAAGACUGAGUUGCUGCUAUAAUUUGGUUAGCUUUGAACCAAAUAUUUGCAGUAAUGUUUAAAUUUGAUUAAUAAAUUUGUUAAAUUGCUUUUAGAGAAGUAAUUUAAAUUUAAAAAAUUCUCGUUUGCUAGACUGAUCUAUUUUCCGACGUAGACAGGAGCCUAAAGUACGAAAGAAUCCGUUUGAGUGAUCUUUGUCGACGUCGUGUCAAGGGAAUAAAUGAAAUUGCAAAAAGAUGGACUGCAGCAGCGACACAUCAACAUCACGACGACAUUGUAUGUUAUUAUUAUUUACGAUUAUACAAUAUGUUCGUUGACUAUUACGUUAGAAAUAAAAACUACAUUAAAAAACGUGUAGUGUAAUUAAGCACAAGGCCAAAUCUAACUAUCCUGCUUCUAAUCUUUUUUUAAUUUUCUUCACUACUGUUGCCAUUAUUACAAAAUAACAAAAUAAUUUUAGAAUUC